UAAUUAAGCUUUUUUCAUAUAACGAAUAAAACUGAAAGAGAACUUCAAAGUCUGUAUUUCACUGAAGUUCAAAAUAUCUAUAUUGUUGAAAAGAUAUUGUAAAUUUAUUUAAGGAGUUUCCCGCACUUGUUGCGCUUUCGUACAACGAUGUAGGGUUAUGCUUCUUUGCGCAGCAUCUGGAGAUUGAAAUAGUAGACUAGUGGAAUAAUCUAGAGUUAACCUACAAACAUUACAAACAUUACAAUUUGAUAGCUGCCAACACUUGUUAAUGCAUUACCGCAAGAUAAAAUAAUAUAAGAGAGUGAAGAAUAUAUAGAUUUAAGAAGUCAAGAAUUAAGUAAAAUUUAUUUAUCAAAGAGGAAGAUUGGCAAAAUAUGACAGAGAAUACUAAUAAUACUUAUGAUAUUAAUGGACAACAUUUCAAUUCUGACAUGUAUUUUCAAAAGUUAUUAAAGGAAUGCACAUUAAAACAAAUUAUGGAUCACGAAGCAGAGAUUCUAAAAAAUACUCAAGCAUUACAUUCAGAUAUGCAGACUUUGGUAUAUGAAAAUUAUAAUAAGUUCAUAUCUGCUACUGAUACUAUACGCAAGAUGAAAACUGAUUUCAAAGAAAUGGAGGACAACAUGGAUCUUUUAGCACAGAAUAUGGAAAGCAUCACUUCUUUUUCAGAGCAGAUCUCUUCAACUUUACAUGGAACAAGACAACAAAUUGCUAAACUUUCUUCUGUACACACUUUAUUGAAAAAAUUGCAAUUUCUUUUCAAGCUACCUGGCAAUCUUAAGGAUAAAAUAAACGAAGAAAAAUAUGCAGAAGCAGUUCAAGAUUAUGUUCAUGCGCAAAGAGUUUUAAAUCAAUAUAGCAACAUGCCAUCCUUCCAAGGCAUCCAAAAAGACUGUGAGGAUAUUUUGGAAGAAUUAAAAUCUAAACUCAGGUUACAAUUUCAUAAGAGAGAUGCUUCUGCUAAAGCUUUAGCCGAAAAUAUAGAUCUUUUGCUACAAUUAAAGGAACCAGCUGAUUCAUUAUGCACUGAAUUCUUGAUACAUGCUGAAGAAAGAUUAACAGAACAAUUAGAUAUUUUGAAAGAUAUGUGCGAAAAUGACAUUAUAGAGUUCGUAGAUAUGGCUUCUUCAGGAUUUCUUAGUGAUUUAUGUCUAAUUGUGACUUCCUACAAUGAUAUGUUCAUAAAUCGAUCAUUGGAAGACGAUUUAGUUGAUGAUUUUGAAAUAAAAGCUAUGGAUCAUUUGAAUAAGUUUAUUUUGAGCAAUAUGAAAAAAUAUUUUGAUUUGAUGAGCAAAAGAGUAGAAGAUGUAGCAGAUACAGCAAUUUUAGUGAGAGCUCUUGAUAGAUUUCAUCGUAGAUUACAAGCGAUGAAUAUGUUGUCCAAGGAGACAGAUUUUACUAGAAUUGGUACUGAUCUUGUUUUAAAUGCUGGCCGAAAACAAUGUCGCAAUCAUUUGCAUAAUCUGAAGCAACACUUGAGUGAGAUUUUAGUUAAAGUAAGACAAACUUUAGCUACUAAGGUCACACAGGAUGGUGAUGGAGGAUUAGCGGAACUUCAAGCUAUGCUUAUUAUGCCUACUAUAGAAAAAAUUAAAGGAGUUUUACAGGAUUUAUUGGUAUUUUUACAGCCAGACUUGUCAUUCAGUUUGAAAACCCAAUUUUUGCAAAGUUUCUGUGUGGAUGAAGUUAGAGAAGGAUUAGUAAUCGGUUUUUUACAUCAUCUUACAGCUACAGUAGCUGGAUUUUGCAACGGAUCCGAUGUACCUAAAUUUCCACCUACCCUAUUACUUCUGCUCAGCAAAAUGUGUAUCGAGUACAAGGAGAGCAACGUCCGUUAUCUGCUUACGACUAUCGACGAUCUUUUCAGUAUUGAUCAAUAUGCAUCUUCAGAAAAUAUCAUAACUCCCGGAUCAGAAAUGUGUGAUAGUUUUCAAAAAGCUGCUCAGAAUUUAUUAAAUCACUAUGUACGAAUUCAGGGAUUGACAGUAUCCCAAAUGCUGAGAAAAUCCGUAGAGACCAGGGAUUGGUUACACACGAUUGAACCUAGAACCGUGAGAGCUGUUAUGAAGAGAGUUGUCGAAGAUGUAACUGCCAUUGAUGUACAAGUUGCCACUUUAUACGAAGAUAAUGAUGGUCAGGUCGAUAGAAGUAGCGACAGUAGUAGAAAGACUCACAGUGUUAGCAUAUCUAGACAACAUUAUAGAUCAAAUUGGUCAUCUUAUACACCUAGUCACAUCGAUUCUUCUCUAGUGACAAAUAUCCAUAAAUUGUUCUCUGAACGAAUUGAAAUAUUCUCUUCUGUACAAUUCAACAAGGCAUCUAUUCUAACAGGGAUCAUCAAAAUAAGUUUGAAGAUAUUCAUCAAGACCCUUCUCGCACAGAAUGAAAAUGUGGUUCACUUUUUGCUAGACGAGAUUUUAGGUAGUGCAGUCCAUAGAUGUCUGGAUCCUGUUUUGAUGGAGCCCAGCGUAGUGGACAUUAUUUGCGAAAAAGGUUGAAUUAUGAACGUUAAUAAAUUAUCUUGUACAGUCAUACAUAGAAAUAAUAUGUCAUGGUAAUAUAUGCAAUAU